GCUUUUGAUGCAGCGCUCCCGGGUCCCGUUCCCUCAGAGCUGCAGCCGCCCGCGCCCAGCAGGGGGCGCUGUGCCCGGCAUGGCGGCCUCGCGGCGGAAGCGGCGGCCCGACCCCUCUCCAAGAUGGCGGCGCCCAGGCGCGGUGUGGCUGCGGCCGGGAUGAAGCGGGGGGCGGCCGGGAUGAAGCGGGGGGCGGCCGCUCGGGCCCGCCGCGGCGGGAAGCUGGACCGGCUGCGGCAAGCGGUGCAGGACUACGUGCAGGCGGCUGGCGGCCAGCCGCCGCUGGCCCCGCUCACAGACUCGGCGAGGCACGACCGCAGGAGCCGCCGGGACGCCAGGAAGGAGAAGCGCAGACUAAAGCGGAGCCGCCGCCGCCGACUCCAGCGCGGGGAGCUGGUGGAGGCUCCCACCGCCCCGGCCAAGCCGGCCCCGGCUAAGCCCGCCCUGGCCAAACCGGCUUCGGCCAAACCGGCCCCUGCCAAGCCGGCCCAGGCCAAGCCGGCUCCUGCCGCCCGCCCCGGAGCGCCGACUUCGCCCGCCGCUGGGAAGCAGCGGCCCAGGCCGGUGUCGGCACCGACAUCGACAGCCCUCGAGGCCCCCUCGGCCGCCGCAGCCACCUCGGCGCGGAAACGGGCCCUGCUGGAAGCCAACGAGGAGGAGGAGAAGGAGAUCCGGCGGCUGGAGCGGCAGCUGGGGCUCGGGAAGCGGCGCAAGAAGCAGGAGGGGCCCGCGGGCGAGCGGCUGCCGCAGAGCUUCCUGCGGGACGGGCUGGGAUACGUGCUGGGAGCGCUGGGCACACGGGCCGGGCUCAGCCAGCUGUGCGAGAGCAGCGACGAGGAGGAGCAGCAGCAGAGCCAGCCGCGGGAGCGCCCGCCGGGGAAGGAGGAGGAAGGCGAGGACGAGGGGGAUGGCGAGGACGAGGAGGAAGGCGAGGACGAGGAGGAUGGUGAGGACGAAGAGGCUCAGGAAGACGCCUCAGACCCCUCCGAGGCGGAUGACGGGGAAGGACACUGGGAGAGCGAGGGCUCUUCCCCCGAGGACGGCGGGGUGCCAGAGGCCAGCGAACCCUCGAGCGAGGAGGAGGAGGAGGCAGAGAGUGAUAAUCAUGGUGCUACAAAGUAUGUUCCUCCUCAAAUAAGGAAAGCACUAAUAAAUAAGGAGACACUAGAUGAGAAGAAAAGAGAAGAAUUGGGAAGACUGAAGAAAAUGGUGAAUGGCCUCAUUAAUAGGCUGAGUGAACCAAAUUUGUCCUCCAUCAGUGGACAGAUGGAAGAGCUCUACAUGGCCAACAGCAGGAAGGACAUGAAUGACACUCUGACAGACAUUCUCAUGAGUGCCUGUGUUACUGCAGUGGCCAUGCCUGCAAGACUCCUGAUGGAGCACGUCCUUCUGGUCAGCAUCCUUCACCAUAAUGUAGGAAUCGAGGUCGGUGCUCACUUUUUGGAAGCUGUGGUGAAGAAAUUUGAUGAACUCUGUAAAAGUGAUGCUGAAGGGAAAGAAUGUGAAAAUCUGCUUGCCUUGAUUGCUCAUCUGUAUAACUUCCAUGUGGUUCAUUGCCUGCUGAUCUUUGAUAUUCUGAAAAAGCUUGUUAGCACUUUCACUGAAAAAGAGAUUGAGCUGAUUUUGUUUCUUCUGAAAAAUGUGGGCUUUUCCUUAAGAAAAGAUGAUGCAUUGGCUUUGAAAGAACUGAUCACUGAAGCUCAGAGGAAAGCAAGCACAGCAGAGAAGAAAUUCCAGGAUCAGACUAGGGUUCGAUUUAUGCUGGAGACUAUGCUGGCCCUUAGGAACAAUGACAUGCGUAAGAUUCCUGGCUAUGAUCCUGAACCAGUUGAAAGGCUCCGCAAAUUGCAGAGAGCACUGGUCCACAGCAGUGGUUCAGGAAAGGACACUCAGCUGCGCGUGUCCCUGGAGUCUCUCCUCAGCGCUGACCAGGCUGGUCGCUGGUGGAUCGUGGGCUCGUCCUGGAGUGGAGCACCAAUGAUCAGUGACACAAAAAGCCAGGCCCAGCAAAAGCUGCACAUAGGAAAGGUGAGUUCAAAAAUAAUGGAGCUUGCUCGUAAGCUGAGAAUGAACACUGAUAUCAGGAGAAGUAUUUUUUGUGUCUUGAUGACGAGUGAAGACUACAUGGAUGCCUUUGAAAAACUUCUGAAGCUUGGGCUGAAAGACCAGCAGGAGAGAGAAAUAGUUCAUGUCAUCCUUUACUGCUGCUUACAGGAAAAGACAUUCAACCCCUUCUAUGCAUUUUUGGCUGACAAGUUCUGUGGAUAUCAAAGACGAUUUCAGGUGACAUUUCAGUUUAGUAUUUGGGACAAAAUCAGAGACUUAGAAAACCUGUCAGCUGCUGCCAUCUCCAAUUUGGUUUCACUGCUGGCUCAUUUAAUAAGGACAAAAUCACUGCCACUUUCAGUUCUCAAGGUAAUUGAAUUCAGUGAACUGGACAAACCCAAAGUCCGUUUCUUACGACAGGUAUUAAGCACACUGUUAACCAAAGCAGAUGAGGAAGAAAUUACUGACAUUUUUAUGAGGAUAUCUGACAACCCCCAACUGGGAAUACUGCGGGAAGGCUUGAAACUCUUCCUUACGCACUUCUUACUAAAACAUGCACAAGCCCAAAGGAGUGCUGAAGAAGCUAGCUUGUUAAAAGAGAGAGUGGAACUAGCAACCAAAGCUUUAGAGGCAAAAGAACCCAAAUUGAGGCUAUAGCUGUGUUUUCUCUAAUAAAACACGCAGAAAAACCAAGCUGGGGUCUUUCAGACCUAAAUAAUUGAGAAUGAAGAGAGCUGGGUUGCUCCAAAGGAUCCAUUUUUUAAUGUAAGCAGUUACUUUGCUCUAUGUGCUGGUUAGAGGUUUAAUUAAAGGGGCUACAAGGCCUUUUUGAGGAAUGGGAAAAUGUAGUUUUGUCAUGUCCCUUUUUGGUACAAGUGCUUCAUGUUGAUAGUUGGUAUCAGGAGAAGAGGGUGAAUUUCUCUUCUGUGAUAGUUUGUCAGCAGUGGUGUUCUGCAUUGCAUAUUUUAGCCUUUAUUUAAAGUAAUAAAAUAAGCAGCCUUAACUAAAGGCUUUUGAUAAAGAGCCAUGGUACUCACCUGAAGAAAGGGGCCACUAGAUGGCACAAGCACUGGUGAGUCGGCUGGGGAAGAAAUAAACUUUUUUCUUAAAGUGUUGGAAGUUAUUCACUAAUUCUGUGAAUUGAUUCCCUGACUGUGGGUCAGGAAAAGAUCUUCAGUUGGAUUCAAAGCUGUAGCAAAGCAACUUGAAGAUCUGUCUUUGCCCAAUUAUGUUGGGUUUAGAGAUCAUGGCAUAGUUUUAUGGCUUUUUUAUCCUGUUUUUCACAGCUUUAGAAUUGGAGCUGCCAAAUCACUUGUGUUAAUCAGAUUUUUCUAGACAUAAACAAUAUCAUCAAUAUAAGUCUUAAGAAGAGAAUACCUCCCUUAAGAAUUUGCUCACAUUUUUCAUUUGGUUAUUUUUAAAAAAUUAGGCACGUUUCUUUCUGUAACACUCUGUUAAUGGUUUGUUUCUGUUGUCACCUUACCACUACAUAUUAAACUGCCAUUUUUCA